CAUUUUGCGUCACUUCCUGUCGUCUGCUAGGCUACAGAAUAAAGAGUCUAAAGGAUGGAAAUAUGGCAUUGAAAUCACCGGCCGCUGAAAGAAAUAAGGAGCCUAUACUCCAGGUUUUAAAGGAAGUAUUAAAACCGCAGGAUGAAAAACAAGCCGUUCUAGAAAUAGCAGCAGGCACUGGUCAACAUGCAGUAUACUUCUCUCAGAAUCUAACCCAUCUGACAUGGCUACCAACAGAUUGUGACGAAAAGUAUUUAAAGAGUAUACGAGAUCAUAUAGAAGCAGCUUCCGGAAGAUGUUUCAAUGUCCAGACACCACUUCUUUUGGACGUCACAAUUAAUCCAUCAAAUUGGGCCAGUGGAAAAUUAACAAAUAAAACUUUCGAUGUGGGUUUAUUCAAGGGCAGCGGAUACUAUUUAAAGAAAGGUGGUCUACUAAUAACUUAUGGGCCUUAUAAAUUGCAUGGAAUAAUAACGCCGGAAAGUAACGUUCAAUUCGACAAUAUGCUACGACAACAGAACGCAGAAUGGGGAUUGCGCGAUGUCGACGAAUUAGAAAAGUUAGCCAAAGAAAAUGGAAUGCAAUUGGAAAAAAUGUUCGAUAUGCCGAGUAACAACAAGAUUCUUUUAUUCAGAAAAGACUAA